UAUAAGGCAAACUGUUUUUCAGAUGAGUUUCCUCUGCUGACAACCAAGCGUGUGUUCUGGAAGGGUGUCCUGGAGGAGUUGCUGUGGUUCAUCAAGGGAUCCACCAAUGCUAAAGAACUGUCGUCCAAGGGAGUGAGAAUCUGGGACGCCAAUGGGUCCCGUGACUUCCUGGACAGCCUGGGAUUCUCCAGCAGAAAAGAAGGAGAUUUAGGCCCCGUUUAUGGCUUUCAGUGGAGGCAUUUUGGGGCAGACUACAAAGAUAUGGAUUCAGAUUAUUCCCAUCAAGGAGUAGACCAACUGCAAAAGGUGAUUGACACCAUCAAAACCAACCCUGAUGACAGAAGAAUCAUCCUGUGUGCUUGGAAUCCAAAAGAUCUUCCUUCGAUGGCCCUGCCCCCAUGCCAUGCCCUCUGCCAGUUCUACGUGGUGAACGGUGAGCUGUCCUGCCAGCUGUACCAGAGGUCAGCAGACAUGGGGCUAGGUGUGCCCUUCAACAUCGCCAGCUACGCCCUGCUCACCUACAUGAUCGCACACAUCACCGGCCUGAAGCCAGGUGACUUCGUGCACACGUUGGGAGAUGCACACAUCUACUUGAAUCAUAUUGAGCCGCUGAAAAUGCAGCUUCAGCGAGAACCAAGGCCUUUCCCAAAGCUCAAAAUCCUUCGAAAAGUUGAGACAAUCGAUGACUUCAAGACUGAAGACUUUCAGAUUGAGGGGUACAAUCCUCAUCCGACUAUUAAAAUGGAAAUGGCUGUUUAAAGUGCUUUUAAAGGAGUUGUUUGAAGAAUACUGCCUUUAGGGGUUGGAAUGGAUGCUUAGGUGGAAAUUCUUUUUUGUUCUAAAGAAAGAAGGAAGUAGGCCAAAAAUCAGUUGGUAACUGCCAGUUAUUACUCAUUAACUUAAGACUGUUACCACUG